AUGUAUUUAUUCUUUUUGUACGUCUUUGUUGCUCUUGUAACCUCAGUAGGAGCCCAGAAAGGUAACUACUCAGGCUCACGGCACCUUUGGUAUAAUACUCCAGGAAGCGAUUUCCGCUCAUCUCUACCCAUCGGCAACGGGAGACUGGGUGCACUUGUCCAAGGCUCCAUCUCGGAAAAGAUCAUCAUCAACGAAAACUCGGUAUGGAGCGGUACUUUCCAAGACCGGGUCAAUCCUGGCUCCUUGGAAGGAUUUCCCAAGGCUCGCAGGAUGUUGACCGAAAACAACUACACGGGAGCUGCGGGUCGGGAGAUUGUAGCCAACUUCCCUCUGGGCGUUAUUGCAGCACGUUUCACUGCCAGUAAAAAAAGCUCCCUCAGUAUCGGCGUGAGCCUCCAGCGCGACAGAGGUGUCAUCAGUAACGUCGCAAUCGGAGGCGCAAACAACAUCACGAUGGAUGUUGGAGGCUCGGGAGCAGACGCGAUUCCUUUCACUGCAGGCCUUCGCGUUGUUUUAUAUGAUGACAAGGCAGUCAAGCGUGGGUUCGAGUCUCUGAAAGCCGAAGCCAUCUCAGACCAUCAGAACUUAAUGCAACGCGUGGACCUUGACCUCGGAUCAAACAACAGCACCUCAAAUCAGCCAACGGAUAAGCGAGUCAGCGCAUACUUUAGUAACCCAAAUGACGACCCUGAGUUUGUUACGCUGAGUUUCCAAUUUGGCCGCCACCUGCUUGUCUCUUCCUCUAGAGACACGGGGGGUUCUGGGCUAGGAGUGCCAGCAAACUUGCAGGGUAUUUGGAACGACAUGUAUAACCCUCCUUGGGGAAGUAAAUUCACCGUCAACAUCAACACAGAGAUGAAUUACUGGCUGGCUGAGACAACCGACCUCACGGACACCCUCAGGCCACUUUGGGACCUCAUGUAUCGCAGCCGCGAUAAAGGGUCACAAGUUGCCACCAAAAUGUAUGGCUGUCCAGGCUAUGUGUCGCACCAUAAUCUUGACUUCUGGGGUGAUUCGGCUCCUCACGACAGUGGAACAGCUUAUACCAUCUGGCCAUCGAGUAACCUCUGGCUUUCUCAGCACAUGAUGGAGCACUGUCGAUUUACUGGUGACAAGACGUUUUUGAGACAGAAAGCUUGGCCACUAUUCAAAGACAUUGCGUCAUUCUUCGACUGCUAUCUCUUUAGAUUCAACGGUCAAUGGACUUCCGGACCUUCAACUUCUCCCGAGAAUGUUUUUAUCAUUCCCAAGGAUGGGUCAAAGGCUGGGAGUAAAGAGUCUCUAGAUAUUUCCAUCACCAUGGACAACUCUCUACUGCGCGAAUUCUUCUCCAACGUCAUCGAGGCUGCAGGCAUCCUUGGCAUAGACCUUAGCACCGACAAGGUCCUUUCAAAGGUGAAGGGCUACCGAGAUGGAUUACGACCUACCCAAAUCGGCGCUCGAGGUCAGAUCCAAGAAUGGCGCAAAGACUAUACAGAAGCUGAGCCGGGACACCGCCACUACUCGCACCUCGUCGACCUCUUUCCUGCCAAAGCCAUGUCCCCUCUUCUCAACAAGACCCUCGCAAAUGCAGCCCAGAAGAGUAUCGAACUUCGACUCGCUGCAGGUGGUGCAUCCACUGGCUGGUCUCGCGUCUGGACAGCAGCACUUUAUGCUCGGUUGCUCAACGGUGAAGAGGCCUAUGGCAACAUUCAGACUCUGCUUGGUCGCCAUCCGGCCCCAAACCUGUUUCACAAUAUCGAGCCUGGUCAGGCGUUCCAGAUUGACAGCAAUUUUGGUCUGGUUGCUGCGGUGGCAGAGACUCUGGUCCAGAGCCAAGCUGGUGUUGUGCAUAUCUUGCCUGCACUGGGCUCCCAGGUGAAGACUGGUUCUGUUUCUGGACUUGUUGCUCGUGGGGGCUUCCAGGUAAGCAUCAUUUGGAAAGAUGGGCUUCUUGUGGAAGCGAAAGUCAAAUCUAGACUGGGAAAUACUCUGAAAGUGAGGGUUUCAGGCGGAUCAAGCUUUGAGAUUGAUGGAAAGGGUCCAUAG